AUGUCCAGCAUUAUCACUGCCGUCCUUAAUGCAGCCAAAGCCAAUAGCCUCCCUGAGGUCAAGGCUGCUUUAGAUUCCUGGAUGGCCCAUCCUAGAGAUCCACGCUGGCCUAUGGUGGAUUUUCAAGAAGCCUUGACUGCAGCACUUGAAGAACGCAAUGUGGAAGUUGCUGAAGAACUUAUCCGCCGUGGGUGUUGUAUCAAUACAGACGCAGUUAUCGCAGCAGGUGAUAGCUUUAAUGAAGAGACUGGAUGGAGCAGUCGGUCCUACGAUGUCCUCCUGCAAAAUGGAUGGGACCCUAAUGAGGAUCUUGGUGAGGUUGGCAAUGCUCUCAAUAUUGCUAUUGGCGCAGAUAGUGCUCCGGUUGUCAAAUAUUUGCUUGAACAUGGCGCAAAUCCCAAUGACAAUUAUUAUCUGGAUGAAUACCGCUUAAGUGGGCCAGGACUAAAAAGCCCGAAAACCCGGAGAUUGUUCAGUUACUUCUUGACCACGGUGCGAAGGAGUAAUAUUUAG